ACUUGCUGAGGCAGUGCCCUAGGCGGUGGGGUGUCAGGUCCCAGCGGCUCUUUGCUUCGCCCUCUUGUCCCCAGGCUUGGAGAAGUAAGUGAUGGGCGAGGGGUUGGGUGGGUUCUGCCUCCAAUGCCCUCCACUCCUUGCUCCUCAGAUGGCUGCUGCACGCCGCUGCCUCUCCCUGCUGUUCCUGUCCACGUGUGUGGCUCUGUUGCUGCAGCCGCCGCUGGGUGCCUCGGGGGACAUACUAGAGCCAGACUACCCAGGGGACGACGCCACACCGGAGCAGUUGGCCCAGUAUGCGGCCGAGCUCCGCAGAUACAUCAACAGGGUGACCAGGCUCAGAUACGGGAAAAGAGAUCAAGAAGAAACGCCGUGGAACUUCUUGGAGUGGGGAGCCCCCAACAAAGUUGCCCCCAGGUAGGUUUGGUUCCCCGCCCUGUGUGCCAGCUCCCUGGGGCUGAAAUGGGGGUGGAGGUGAGUUGGGGGUUUGGGGG